UUUACUAUGAAAAAAAAAGCGGAAGGGAAUAUCUGUGGGUGUGUCAGCAGCGCAUAUAAAUAAGGAACCUGCUUGCUCACAGAGAAGUAAGUGUGUUCCUGAAAGACUUCCGAACUCCUGCUGCUCUGAAGACACAAUGGCAUCAUCAUCCCCUCUGUCCAAGGCCAACACCAGCUUCUGUCUGGAUCUGUUCAAACAGCUGAGUGACAAGGACAAGGCAGCAAAUGUCUUCUUCUCUCCUUUUAGCAUCUCCUCAGCCCUGGCUAUGGUGAUGCUGGGGGCCAGAGGCAACACUCACACACAGAUGUCAGAGGCCCUCAGCUUCUGUGAGAAGAUGCAGUCUGAAGAAGAGCAGCAGCAGCCACAGCAACUACAGCAGCUACAGCAGCCGUGGCAGCAGAUGGUGAAGAUGGAGCUCUGUCUGGAUGACAUCCACGCUGAAUUCAGUGAACUACUGAAGACACUCAACAAGGCGGACGCUCCUUACUCCCUCAGUGUUGCCAACAGACUGUACGGAGAGCUUUCCUUCCAGUUUGUUGAGGAUUUCUUAGGAGAAACCAUGAAGCACUACAACGCAGAGUUAGAGUCUGUUGACUUUAAAACCAGUCAUGAGGCAGCAAGGCUCAACAUCAACGGCUGGGUGGAGAAGAACACACAAGGUAAAAUCAAGAAUUUGCUGGCCAAAGGUGUGGUGGACAGCAUGACCAGUAUGGUGCUGGUUAAUGCCAUCUACUUCAAAGGCAAAUGGGACAAGCCCUUUGAGAAGAGUUCCACAAAAGAUGCUCAGUUCAGAAUCAACAAGAAUGAGACUAAGCCAGUGAAGAUGAUGCACCAGAACAGUACUUUCGCCUUGGGCUUCAUUGCUGAGAUCUUUUGCCAGGUCCUUGAGAUUCCUUACAAAGGGGAGGAGCUCAGCAUGCUCAUCUUUCUCCCCAUGGAUAUAGACGACAGUUCAACUGGUUUGGAGAAGCUGGAGAAGGAGCUGACCUAUGACAACUUUAUGGAGUGGACUCAUUCAGACAGAUUGUCUCUCUCUGAUGUUGAGGUGGGCCUGCCUCAAUUCAAGCUGGAGGAGAGUUAUGACAUGGGGGCUGUCUUGGCCAGCAUGGGCAUGGUGGAUGCCUUUGAUGCAAGAAUGUGUGACUUCUCAGGCAUGUCUUCUUCCAACAACCUGGUGAUGUCAAAAGUCAUCCACAAGGCUUUCGUGGACGUUAAUGAGGAGGGAACCGAGGCUGCGGCUGCCACUGCUGUCAUCAUGAUGCUGACCUGUGUACUAAGGCCUCGAGGCACCUUCAUUGCAGACCAUCCCUUCCUUUUCUUCAUCCGACAUAACCCCACCAAAACUGUUUUGUUUUCUGGCCGCUAUAGCUCCCCUCAGUGAGCACGACAUUGCUGAAAAAAAUACGAGAAACUACGGCAUUGGAUUUUUGCUGUUGUUUGCAUCACUGCUGAUAUUCUCUUUAUCCUGAAUACUGUGAUAAAAUCCCGUCGCAGCUAGAUCUUUCCUUGGUGAUCCUGUCAAGUGCAGGUAUAUGUAAUUGCACAACGACGCAUAUAACAAAUAUAGACUAAAAAGAACAAGAGUUUACAUGAAGUGUUGAACUAAGACCUGGUGAUUUCUUUUGAGUGUUCUUUUGCUUUUACGCAUGAAAUAAAAGUGUGUGAUUCCCAAA